UAAAACUAAAACCCCUCUUUCUGCUCUGAUCUUGCGGUUUUCCCGUCUUAUUUUUCUUACAUUCUAAUAAUAAUAGCUCCCUAAUUGCAUAGUUUAUCCAUGAUCUAACAUUUCAACUAAAAUACCAUGCAUGCCCUUUUCCCGUUGACUCCUCUUACACCAUAUUUCCUAAUCUUCGUGUCUUGUUCUCCAACCUCAAACCUUUAUUUUUUUGCCCCUAAUUCUCUCAAAUUCAUUUUGGAACAACAACUCCACCACCAAAUCCCUAUGCAACAACACCAUCAUUUGGAGCAAUAUGAUGAGAAGAUGAAUCAAAUGAAAGAGCAGAUGAGGAAAGUUGAGGAAGAGAAAGGUCAAGCCUUUAAUGACCUCAUGGAAAUGAAAAAGGUGGCUGAGCAUACUAAUGUCAUGGUUGAUGAAGUAUUGGCCACUAAAAGGAUUUCAGACCUAAAAAAUACAAUAGAACAUAACAACAAUAACAUUAUUGCAGCAUCAGAAAAAAUUGAAAAAGGGAUGGAAUUGGACCUCCAAUUUUUAGACAAAGAUGGUGAAUUGGGAAAACUGAGGAAAGAGAUGGAUGUUCUUCGAUCCUCAGAGGAAAACUCAAUGGCCAUAUCUUUUGAUUACAAGAGGAAAGUUCAGGAAUUGGAGGCUGAAUUGGACAAGAGAAGAGAAUCAGAAGCGAAUUUGUUUGACACAUUGGUGAUGCAAACGAAACAACUAGAGCAGAACAAGAUUUUGCUUGAAGAGUCAAAGCUUGAGAUUGCUUCACUCGAGGAAAAAAUCAAGGCAAUUGAAGGAGGUGAAAUCCAAAUCAUGAAAAUUCCUCUUGAAUCUGAAUUUGACAUAAGGGAUUCCACACUAGCGUGUGUGAGAUCUGAAAUAGAGCUACCAAAAAAGGACCUAGUCAAUAUGGGACUUCUCAGCAACAACGAAGGCGAGGGACACUCCAAGAAGGCACAAAAUCUUCUUGGAGAGUUGAACUCACUUAAAAGUGAAUUGAAGCUAGCAACACAGGCUGAGGAGAAUAGCAAGAAAGCCAUGGAUGAUUUGGCAUUAGCAUUGAAAGAAGUAGCGACAGAAGCUAACCAGGUGAAGGCAAAGCUAACCUUAAGCCAAGUGGAACUAGAGCACACAAAAGGAGAUGUGGAGCGUUGGAGAGCGAUGUUAGAAACCACAGAGGAAAAGUACAAGGAGCUUCUAGAUGUAACGAGAAAAGAAGCUGACCGGUUCAAAAACACUGCUGAGAGAUUGAGAUUGGAAGCUGAAGAGUCGCUUUUGGCGUGGAAUGGGAAAGAAACGGAGUUCGUAAAUUGCAUUAGAAGAGCUGAAGAGGAAAGAUUGCUCGCACAAAAAGAAAGCAAUAGAAUAGUUGAUCUACUCAAUGAAGUAGAGAACAAAAAUAAGGUUUCAAAGGAAGAAAAUCAAAAGCUGCGUGAUAUACUCAAACAAGCUUUGAAUGAAGCCAAUGUGGCAAAAGAAGUUGCAGAAAUUGCAAAGGCUGAGAACGCUAGAUUGCAAGAUAGCCUCACCCUGCUUGUUCAAGAGAAUGAGAUGUUAAAGAUUCAUGAAGCUGCAUCAUUUGAGAACAUCAAAGAAUUGAAGCGAAUGCUCUCAGAGUCAUCAAUAAAAGAAUUCAAGAAUGAUGAUAUAGACAGAUUGUUGGAUAAGGAAUCCGGGAAAAAAACAAAGGCACAACAUUCACAUAGCUCAACAGAGAAAGACUCUAAGAAUCUAAACAAGACUUUUAGUUUUAAUCUGAAGGACAUGAUAACGCCCCAUAAUAAGCAGCAACACAAGGUUGGCGGGAGUGAAGAGGCAAACAACAAGGAAACGAAAGACGAUGACACGCUAAGGGGUUCAAUAUUUGAUGAAGUGGACUCAUCUGAUUCAGAAUCGCGUCAUGAUGAAAUGGCUGAAUAUUUUGAUCAUCUUGAUGAUGCCCCAGAAAGUGACAGGAACAAUAGGAAAAGAAGAGCUUUGUUGAGAAGAUUUGGAGAUCUUAUAAGGAGAAAAGGUUAUCAUUAUCACCAGAAAGAACCGUCCAAUGAGGAAAAUUUACAAACGUAACACAAAUUCUAUAGUUAAGUACUCAUACAUUAGACUACUGUGUUCAUAUUAUUUUGUUGUGCAUUUGUUUAGAUAAUCUCAAAUAUUACAUACCCCUAUUUUUUCCCGUGCUGCUUUGAUUUUCUUUCUUGUUUCUUCUAAUGUGUGAAGAAUGGCGUAUUAUAAUUGUUAAUUUUGGAUUACGUAAAUAUUUUAUCACUUUAAAAUAUUAUAGGUGACGGUCAAGAAGGGAUCCAUGCUCAUAAGCAUCACUUGUUUCAGAUUUUUUAUACUAAGGACCUUAAAUCUAUGCGUUACUUUCUUGACAUUGAGGUAGUUUCAUCGAAGACUGACAUUUCUAUUUUUAAAGUACAUAUGAGCUUAAUAUU